AAGCAACAAAGCACCAAUGCCUACAGCGUCUCUGAUGGCGCCGCGCGAGAGAGGCCGUCGCGGUCGCGCGGCGCUGCUGCCGGUGGCGGUUUUGGGCUGCCCGUUCGUGCUGCCGAACCUGAGUCCGUUCAGAUGCAGGGCACCCGGCGGCGUCCCCGCGUUCCGGACGCUCCGGGCAGAGGGGCUGGCGCGGCAGGCCACGGCCAGUUUCAGCGCCCCCCUGCGGCGCCUGGACUUGAAGGACAAGUCGCUUGUGGGCGCCGGCUACGACCUGGUGGAUGUCAGGGUGCUGACCCGGGACGGCAUGCCGGUAGAGGCGACCUUCAUGCUUGACAGCGGCCUCUCCACCAACUUAGUGUCUCCGUCGCUGCUCGCGAAGCUGGGCCUCGAGGCGGAGGCGGAGCCGAUGCCGGGCACCGCGCUUGGUGGCAGCAUGCUGAAGCUCAGUUCCACGCUGCUGCCGGGCCUGGAGCUGUUAGGCGCCCAGGAAGGGACGCGCUACGCAGGCAUUUGGGAAGGCGAUGGCUGGCGCGCUUGGUGCACUAUCGACUGGGACGAUUGGAAGGCUGCGGCCCGCUCUUCCAAGACGAUCUCUGGCCAGGUGCAGUACCAGGUGCUGCCCAGCCAGGAGAUGUCGGACGGCCAGUUGGAGCUGGUGGGCUGGCGAGGCCUAGAAACGGUGGAGGGUCAGCUCGAGGAGGGUUGCUUCAAGGGCAAGGGCGUCGCAGUGGAGCCCAAAGGGGUGCUGGCCAAGACCGAGCUCUACGAGUUCCAGGAGGAGGGUGAUAGCUUGGUGGAGAAGAACAGUGGAAUGAGGCUGCAGCGCCGGAGCUUUCGGCCCAGCGUGCCGCUGCCGGGCCCGCUGCACGCCACGGUGGUGCCUUUCACCCAGGAGCAGCUGGCGAAGGCGCAGGGCAUCGAGCUGGAUGGCAUGCUGGGCCAGCUGCCCCUCUACCAGGACUUUGCAGUGGAAGUGGACCCCGAGGCACAGCAGCUGACUCUGAGGGUGGCCAAGGAGGCGCAACAGGCGGCGCUGCAGGCGGGCAUGCGCCGCCUCGCUGGAAUCGACUUGCCCAGCCGCCUCAUGGGGGUGGAAGUCUUUCAUGCCAGCCUUACGGAAGGCGCAGGAAGUUCUGUCCACGUGCCGGCGCUGGUGGACAGCGGCUCCGCCAACUCCGUUGUGAACUGGCCAGCUGCGAGUCUGCUCUUCGGCAUCAAGCAAGGUGACAAGAUCGUGCGCGACGCCCCGCGGAUACGAGCCAUCGGAGUGGGCGGGGGGACCAUCGACAUGCCGUUGCUCCGCUUCUCCAUCGGCUUAGUGGGCGAAGGUGACUCGCUGCCGCCCUCUCCAGUUCGGGUGGCCAUCGGCGAUGCGGAGGUCUUUGCCGAGAUCUUUGGUAGAGAGGAGUCAGGUGGGUGGCCCUUCGGCCUUGGCACCAAGCCUCUGAAACCUGCCGCCCUCAUUGGCCAGGAUGUGCUCUCCCAACGGCGCCACAGCUUUGUGGCCGCUGAGCCGGCGCUCUACGUGAGCCCCGGGGAGAAGACCGAAGGGAAGCUGCAGCACAUGGGCGAGGGCGACUGCGUGGACGCCUCUGGCCGGCGCCUGCCUGGGCUUCAGAAGCUAGGAUGCACUACCGACGAUGCCGCCUGGGAGUGUCUCUCUCUGCCCGCAGGCGCCUGCGCCGGCAUUGCUGUGACACCUCAGGGGGCUUACCAGGGCCUUUGCUACAUCUUCGUCCACCAGGACCUUGGCAAAGACGAGGUCCUGCGGGAGCGGGGCUUCGUGCGGUACCAGGCCCCCGGCGGCCAAGACCUGGCGCCCGCAGGAUCCGUGGUGGCACGAGCCGACGGGACCAAGGAUGCGCAAUGCUACAAGUGGAAGGAGUGAGGCAGGCAGGUGGAACACUCACCUCGCCCAAGGCGAAUUGCCA